AUGGAGCUAUUCAACCCAGUAGAUUAUUCCAAGAAUUGGACCAAGGGGGGUUUCCUAAUCGGAAUCGAUAUUGGAACAACAUAUUCAGGAGCUUCGUACGCAUAUCAUAAGCGUGGAAUUCUGAAGGAUCAGGUUACCAUUUCAACUCUUUGUCUAUGGCCUGCCCCCCCUGGCGUUAACCUAGGGGAUAUAAAGAUUCCAUCGACGGUCUCUUAUGACGUUAACGGAAAUAUUACUUGGGGAUUGGGAAAUGAAGGCAAAGAGCACGUUAUCUCAUGGUUCAAGCUCCUCCUAUUAGAUGACAAUGACCUUCCUCCCGAAUUUCGCGAAUCGAAGCAAACCCAAGAGGCAAAACGUCUCAUAGGUGUCUUCGGAAAGAGCCCUGUCCAGGUUGUUGCGGACUUACUAAGAAAUAUCUUCGAACAUAUAGUCGUGUACAUGGGCCGAGAGAAGACCGACAAGUUCGUAAAGGAAAACCCGUUUCACGUCAUUUUGACAGUACCAGCGAUCUGGAAAGGUAGAGCAUUGAUACGAAUGCAAGAAGCCGUAGAAUUAUCUGGAAUUCUCGCAGAUCGUCCCAAUCAGGUUUUAAAAACAACAUAUAUGUUUGCUACAGAGCCGGAGGCAGCUGCACUAGCAACACUCCCUGAGUUGAGGAAAUGGGAUACACUACUUCCCGGAAACACAUUUGUCGUUGCCGACCUUGGAGGAGGAACCAUCGAUUGCGUGAGCUAUGUGAUAAACAGCCAUGAGCCCUUUGAGCUCCGAAAGAUAGUCGAAGGUGGUGGUGCCCUUUGUGGUGCCGUAUUUCUUCAUCAGUCGUUUAAUAUGGCCAUUAAAAAGAAAGUCUUCGACCCAGAGGGCAAGACCUGGGAUGAAUUACACCCGCUUGAACAAGAAAAGAUCAUGGGUAUCUGGGAUCAAUUUAACAGGGGAAUACAUAUCACUGAACCAGACGGAACGCUCAUUAUGAAUGUUUACCCGAAUUCUAGCGGAUAUAACAGCGGAGAUAUUAAACGUCUUUCAGUCCACUUCUCUCGUGACGAGGUUUAUGACAUCUUCCAAGUUGUGAUGCCUACUAUUGAAUCUUUGGUCGAACGCCAAGUCAAGGCCAUUCGAGAGAGGACCUUGAAAUCUCCAAAGGUCAUCUUACUUGUUGGCGGGUUAGCACAAUGUUUAUACAUUGUUGAAUCAUUGCAGAAGUGUUACUUCGAACAAAUUCCCAUAGUUGAGGAAAGGGGUAAUCAACCGCGGGCCGCUGUAUCCAAAGGCGCUGUGAUCUGUGGGAUGGAGCAGCGGGCUUUAAUACGCUCCCAUAUUGCCAGGUUCAGUUACGGAUACUUCUUGAACAAGGUUUUUCAGGAGGGAGUCCAUCAUGUGGAGGACCGAUUCUACGACGCAGCAAGAAACUGCUACAUGGCCCGAGACCAAAUGGAAUGGGUCAUCAGGCGUGGAGAUAACGUCGAGACUCAUGGACGAAAAGUUCGAGAGUACGAAAUGCUUUAUAGUUCUCGCGCUCGGGGAGUCCAUGGCUCCGAGGAGGUUAUAUAUGAGUCAAAAGGUGCUAAUUCCUCGGAUAGAAAAGCCGAGCUAUGGAAUGAAGACGGGUUCCAGGUUGCGGCAGUAAUUAGAGUCCAGACGCCGUGCCCCGUCGAGCGGCUACCCAAGUUAAAACGGGGAGGCAAUGUCUGGAAGCCCGGUGAAGGCCGAGGGAUGCUCGAUGAAGGUCCUUUCUUCUCGUCUGGACGUAUAGGAUCAGAGAGUAGGAAGGUAUUCACUGAUGAUCUUGUCCCCGCUGGAUGUUACUACUUCCACGUUCCUCCAUUUACUAACGAUGAACCCUACCCGAUCGUACCUAGUUUCCGUGAUUGGAUUUACCCGAGUGAGACGCCUAAACCGUGGAGAGCUUUAAAAAUUGAACAUACUGCAGCUAUCGCUACCCACCCUAGAACCCCAAGCACUAACACGCCAAAUACCGACAUUCCAAGCGCCAAUACCUCCCAUCCAUAUACUGAUGGCUUUAUUCCUCCUAUUCUUCAGAGUCUAAGUAGCUAUGAUGGUAAUAGACGCCCAUGUCCUGUAACAUACGACCUUACAUCAACAGAGGAAGGUCAUGUUAUGCCGAUUACCAGUCGAAAUUGGGUGGCCAUUAAUGAUAUAGCCAGGUUUAAGCCUAACGAUGGCAUUAGGUUCAAGAGCUUUAUCGACCAUCCGUGCAACACAAUUAUUCUCCGCAAGGACAUUCACACACUCUAUGAAAACAACUAUAUCAUUAUGGUUCCGAAACCCGACUUAGCAUAUGAAGGGAAAUAUUGUCUUGUGGAGUUCUUCUUCGUUCGCUUCGCUUGGGCUAUCUUUACUCACUAUACCAUUAAUAUGUUAGAUAGCGACAACGCUAACAACGAAUAUUCCGUCCAUUAUGUGGUUAUAAAUGAAGAUGGUUCGAGAACAUAUGAACAUAAGAUGAUUUUAAGUAGCGAGAUGGACAAAUUGCUUAAUAUAGCCACUGACGAAAAAGGGCGGAAGCGAUCCAACAGUUAUGUCGCCGGAGCCGGAGUUGAUUCUGCUCCUAAUAAACGGCGCGAGCUUCGUUACUCAUGGCGCACAGGAGAGAUGGAAUGGGAAUCCGACGAUGACGGAUUCGAGCCUAGCGACCACGGUGGAUUGAGCCACAAUUAUUCGGAAAGUGAUUGCCUUUCCGAUGAUUGCGAGUAG